AUGGCCCGGACCAGGCAGGAAGUGCCCGACGUCGUCCCCAAGCUUCUCGAUAAUACAAAGCGCCCGUUGGAGAUAAUUUUCGACUCGCGGGUCUCAGCAGCUUCAACCAUCCUGUAUGAUCAGGCUCUGCAAUGUGUUGAGUCUCAUAUCGCACCAAAGCUGCUCAGGCGACGACUCAUUGCGAUCUUCAACAGCCGAAUUCCAAGCCGUGCAGCGAGCAACACGGACACGUGGAAGGAAAACAAGGACGAUGCCCGAUACGCCACUAUUCGUCAGCUGCCGCCUGUGGUACUCUUAUGGUGGGCAAAAUCUUUCAACUCAAUGAACUGGCGAGCACGUUCCAUGUCCAUUGAUACCUUCAAUGAUCUCGUGGACAAAAUGAGGACGCAGAGUCUUGUUGUUGCGGAUUGGCAGUACGAGGAUUUGGUCGCUUUUGCACAGGACUAUCCCCUUGCCUCAAGUCCCGAGUACCACAAUUUCAUUCGAGGUGAGAAGAAGAAUUCAUUUCACACUACAGGGCAAUCUAAAGGGAAUAUUUCAGAUGUGGGGGCUUGGAUAUCCCCAGAUCUUCGACCAAUACCGGGAGGUUUAGCAUUUCCACUGCCCGCGAACUAUAGUUACUGGCCGGUGCAAGUUGAUUCAGAUUUGCCAGUCCCAUUUCCCGCGAACAACGAUUAUGUGGAGACUUGGCCAGGUCAAGUUGUUUCAGAUCAGCUCUCAGGCCGAGCCUCCAGUCUUCCAGUCCCAGAUCCUCAGGUGCUGGCGGCUUGGAACAAUAUCAAUGAUAGCCCAGGGUUCAUAGAUCCUGACUAUAUGAACAAUGUCCCACUUCUCCCGUUUCUGACUCCAUGGGGCCUCGACAGUCCGUAUGCAACUGAGAGUCAACGGCAGAUCUACAGGGAACAGGUAUUUCGCGCCAGUCUUACAUGA